AGAUUGUCAGAACGCGGUACUCUGUCUCAGAGGGUGGUCGUGUAGCGCGUUGUUCGCGAACUUAGCAUCGCGCGGAAACCGUAUUAACCGAUAAAAAUGGCGGCGUCGUGGAUUCUGGCUGUGGCGCUUCUAGCUAUAACCUCACCAGUGCUGUCGGCUCCCGCUGCUCAACACGCAGAUGGUUCGCGGGAAAUGAAACCGGAUGUGCCUGUGGAGGAAUUAGAAAAGCUAAAGGCUGGUGAACCCAGCAAGAUAGAACAUGCUUCGCAUAUUGAAUAUCACAGUCUCGAUGCAGUGAAAUCCAACGGUGAAUUGAUCUCUCGAUUGGAGCAGCACGCCUCGGCUGACGCGGCGCCAGGAGAGAAGCCCAUCGUCCAUGCUCAGGCGAAACUGGACGUGCCUUCCGAGGGCGUCCACCGCACGAUGGUUCAAGAGGGCUCGCAUGUCAGUGUGGUUGACGCGACUACGCCUGCUGGCGAGGAGGUCACUACUAAGGUAUUCCACGGAGCGGCUCGGCUGGUGCAGCCGGGCACGGCCACCAACAACCAGAAGGACGGCCACACUGCCAUCCGGCGCGCCUUCAACGCCGACAUUACCAAGGAAACUAAAAACAAUAUUGACCAUUACGCUUCGUACGCCGGCGUUCAGUAUUCUCCUCUCGACAUGGCAGAGUACGUGUUUUGGACGGGAGACGAGCGCGGAGUGACCGCGGCAAUCGAAGAGUUCCUGCAGGAAGGAAUGAUGACCAAGGAAGAAGCCAUCGCGUUUCUCCAGGAGAUUAAAUUCAACAUCGACUACCUACGAGCACACUAUUCGCAGAACGUUCGAGCCGAGGAAACGGCACAGCAGGAGAAGCUUAGGAGUAUGCUGAUGGAACAAGCUAACAAGGACUACCAAUACCGGCCAAUGUCCCUCCAGUCGUUCCCGUUCGGAAACAGCCCGGACAUCGUCCGUUCCAUCGCGUCCAAGAACUGGGAGCUGAGCAACAACCUGUCGCCCAUCGCGCUGCCGGCUGAGCUCAGGCCCGACCCCGUCAAGCGAUUCGAUCCUAUGCUGCAGACUAAUAUCAUUGGCACAUCUGACUACGACCGCGACGGACCAGUCAUCACCGAGGAGGAAUACGAGGAGAUGAUGGACAAACUGAAAGCCGCAGACACCCUGUACACCGAGUACACGCUUGAGGAGAUCAUCUAUCAGCUCGCUAAGAUGAUGUUCUCUCAAUCGCUGUCCCGCGACCCUGCUACGGCACGUGCCGCCACGCAACGCUUCAUGGCGUUCCUGGAGCGAGAGGCCGAGCGCGGACAACUCUCGAGGACCAUCGAGAAGAAAGUGCUCGAUGUGAUGAUCGCCGCGCUGACGGACACCAUCGGAGACCAUCCCGAGCUGAUGCAGGCGCGGGACAACGUCGGCAUCAACCCUGCUAACCGACUGAUGCGGCAGUUCCUGGAGGCGAGCUCCGCGGAGCCGAGCAUGUCGCGGGCCAUCCUCGCCGCCUACAAGGACGAGCUGCUCAAGGGCAUCCCGCACAAGAUGGGCUUCCCCGCCAACUGAACACCCACCAAACCCAUGCUGACGACUAUACACUUUACUUUUUUUUCCAUUUAUUUUUAUGGCUUGAAGGACUCGCAUCCAGGCCAUAAUUGUUAAAAAAAAAAAUUAAUUGUAUUAAGGAUCUGUCAGACGUAAAGACGGGACAGGACGGAAGGAAGCUUUUUAAGUUUUUUUUUUAACUUAUGAUCUUCUACUUUUUAGGGUUCCGUAUUAUUUAUCUAAUUUGGGGUAUGUGGCACGCUUUUCAAUUAUGGCCUUUCAGAAGAACGUUUAUUGUUUAUUUUGUAUAAAUCUUUCUUUUUAAGGUGUGCUAUCCCAGUUAAUUACGUGAUUUAUAUUAAUAUUACGUGGUUUCCGUUUCGUUGUUAAAAUAGAUUUGUUAAUUUUUAUCAUUUAUAAAAUGAAGUUUUUUUUAUACUUAAAAUUAAGGUUAUAUUAUAGAUGGGCAUUAAAAUUUACAAAACGCUGUAUUACUAAUAUAUAGACUUACUGUCCCGAGUACAUAGCUAUAUAUUUUAAUCGUUACCUUUUAGAAACCAACAUUUCGGCAGCUAAAUGCUCAAAAUGAAUAUUAAAUAAGUACAUGUUAUGCUUACAAAGUUUAUGAAACUAUGAAAGCUAUAUGCUAGCUACAUAUAUGAAAGCUAUAUGCGACUACCUAUAAUUUUAUUUUAUAUUACCUAAUACACCGAUAUAAUUCCAUACCAAGAGUACCCAAUCUACUUCUAUUGAUGUAAAUAUUUCACUGCUAUAAGUGUAUCAAUAUAAUGCAUUUACACGAUUAUUUUAUAAACCUGGACAAAUGUAAGGUUAAGAGAAGCAAUGACAUAUAAUACUAAAGACAUAUAAUACCAAAGAAAUACCAAAUAUUAGAUUUGAGCAAAUGGAAAAGAUUUUAUUAAAUAAAGAUAUAUGUAAUAGUUACCUAUCAUUUAAUUGUUAAUGUUUACGAUCAUAUUAAAUGUUUAAGGAAAUACAUUUUUGUAUUAAAAGAUAAAUAGUAUUAUUUAGAAGUAGCUUUCAGUGUUUUAGUAGUGGAUAUCCUUGUUUAGCAUUAUUUUACUGACAAAAUUAUCUAGUUUAUAGUUAAAAUAUAAGUUACAUAGUAGCUUAAGACACAUUACGAUAUGAUAUAAUUAGCUAGUCAAAUAUUCUUCAUAUUUUUCUACAGCAUAAAACUUUGUGAGCGAUGUGCAAUUGAUUCAGGUUACAUAUUUAGAUAUUUAAAAAGGUCUUCCCUUAUAGAAAUUAUAUUAAAAAAAUCGUAACUAUGCCCGUCGAAUAGAAUAAAGAAAUCUCAAAGAUUUUAAUAUAUUUACUGUAGUAUUUUAACUGAGUAAUGCUUCUAUACAGAAGAUUUUAAUUGAUUAUUAUAUGUAGAAAUGGAAAAUGUAAAUAAAACAAAAGCUGGAAUUUAAAUUUGUUUUACACUUACAAUCUUUACAAUUAUUAAACAUGAAACUUCGUGACAAAAAAUAACCAAGUGUUUUUUCAACUGCGCUUAUACAAUCAGGGAUUUUCCCUGGAAAAGUCAUCAACAUUCGUUUGCUCCAAUAUUUUAGCUUUUUUUCCAUACCUCUCUGAACGCAUAUCAGAAUUAAGUAAACAUAUCCCUAGAUUGAAUUUAUUUUUAAUAACAAAUCAUUUAUACGCACCAAAGCGAAUUAUUCCUAUACCUAUUUAGACAAAAUUUUACUAAUGUAAAUUUGAAGGAAUUGCACAUCACUAUUGUCUAUUAUGUAUCUCUCAACUCUAAUCAUAAACCCACAUUUAUGUACUUCAUGAAUAACAUAUUUUGUAAAAAUAGAUCAGAGCCACGUCUUUCUAUUAGAAUCACAAAAUAUUAUUUACCUACCUACUUAAAGUAAGACUUGAAAUAUAAUAUUAAUCAGCAUUGUUGGAAAUAAUGCUAUGUUAGUGAUCGGCAAAAUUUAUUAUAUUUAUAUUAUUCUUUGAAAUAUAUUGUGGAUUUAAUAAAAAAGUUUAAAUGU